AUGGCCACAGCUUUCUUCAUCCUUGCAUUAUCCCUUCUUACACUCAGAAUUCUUGCACGAAAACUCAACCUUAAACAGAACAAAAUAAGGUAUCAUCCUCUUGCAGGCACCAUAUUCAACCAGCUCAUCAACUUCAGCAGGCUUCAUGAUUACAUGACUGAUCUUGCCAGCAAGCACAAGACUUACCGAUUAGUCGCCCCUUUUCGAAACGAGGUUUAUACGUCCGACCCGGCUAACGUCGAGUAUAUACUCAAAACCAACUUCGAAAAUUUCGGCAAGGGAUGGCACAAUUACGGCAUCUUAAAGGAUUUGUUGGGCGAUGGCAUUUUCGCUGUUGAUGGCGAAAGGUGGAGAGAACAGAGGAAAGUGUCGAGCCUCGAGUUUUCGGCCAGGGCUCUAAGGGAUGUUAGCAGCACAAUUUUCAAAGAAAACGCCGUUAAACUUGCUAAAAUUGUUUCGGAAGCUGUGGCUUCGAAUCAGCCGAUGGAUAUUCAAGACCUUUUUAUGAAGUCGACUUUAGAUUCGAUAUUCAGGGUCGCGUUUGGGGUCGAGCUGGAUAACAUGUGUGGUUCGAACGAGGAAGGUUCGAGAUUUAGCCGUGCUUUUGAUGAUUCAAGUGAGAUUACUGCUUGGAGAUAUGUUGAUAUAUUGUGGAAGAUAAAGAAGGCUUUGAACAUUGGUUCGGAGGCUAAGCUGAAGGAUAAUAUUCGGGUUAUCGACGAAAUCGUUUACACGCUCAUCCAUUUCAAGACGACACAAAUGGAUCAAGCGGAUUUGAGGAAACAAGACAUUCUAACGAGAUUUCUCAAGUUGUCGGGGGCCGAACCAAAGUACUUGAGAGAUAUUAUACUCAACUUUGUUAUGGCCGGUAAGGACACGACAGCCACAACAAUGUCCUGGUUUUUCUACAUGCUCUGCAAGCAUCCUCUCGUGCAAGAAAAGGUGGUGCGGGAAAUCGAAAUAACCGCGAAAUAUGGGGAUGAAAAUACAAAUUUGUCGGAGUUUGCCGCAAAUUUGAGCGAAGAAGCUCUUGAGAAGAUGCAUUAUCUUCAUGCGGCACUCACCGAGACUCUGAGACUAUAUCCUCCAGUUCCCGUGGAUCCAAAAAUGUGCUUUGCUGAUGAUACACUUCCGGACGGGUUUAGUGUGAGAAAAGGUGAUGUCGUGGCAUAUCAGCCGUACGCAAUGGGACGCAUGAAGUCAAUAUGGGGCGAUAGGCAAAAAUUCAAUUUUGAAAGAUGGAUGGAUAAUAACGGUUGCUUCAAACCCGAGAGCCCCUUCAAGUUCACGGCUUUCCAGGCCGGCCCGCGAAUAUGUUUGGGAAAGGAUUUCGCGUACCGGCAGAUGAAGAUACUCGUUGCCGUCCUUUUGAGAUUCUUCGUGUUCGAGUUAAGUGACGAGAAGAAGGCCGUGAAAUACAGGACGAUGAUCAAUCUUCACAUAGACGGGGGACUCAGCAUUCGUGCCUGCCGGAGGUCGGAUUAUGCCAGUGCUGACAUAAUAUGA